ACACUCUGAUCUUAAGGGUAAGGACGGUGUUGUCUUGCGGUAUCGGAAAGGUUGCUGGCGGUGCCGCUUCACUCUGAUCUUAAGAGGAUUGUCCGAGAGGAAGUACAGUUACACCCAGACAUAUUUUACACAGUUGAAGGGACACAUGUUUAUGCACAUAAACUUGAUCACAUUGGAGCUACGGGUUGCCGCAUUGAGUGUGGACUACACCAUUAAGAGUUAUGCGUCAGUUCGGAUAACUCUCAGUGUGUGAGUGACUUCAGUGGUCAGCGGUGAUGCGGGGAUUCUAAGUGGAUGACGGUGUAGUGAGAUGCACAGAGAGACAACACACACUCGCUGAUUGUCUGUACGCUGAACAUCACCCAUGAGUGUAGUCACGCUGGUAUGCCACGAUAUAAGGUGACGGACUGUAAAAUGGACUGCUCAUUUCGCCCGGAUGCAGACACUGUGAACUAACCAAGGUCUUAAGGUCUACACGUGUGCUGAUUGCAAAUCACUUUACACUAGAAAGCAAAAUCAUUUUCUCUAUUAUUCGUGCGGUGUGGUGAAAGUGUUGUGCUAAUGGAUUGCUCUAAAUCAAUCUGUCUAUAUCCAUUGAUGUAGGCAGGGUGGACUUCUACAUCUUCCUGUUCCGACACCAAUGUGUAUUGUGCUUGGACAACAAUAUUCAGAAGUCAGUCUACCGAGUUAACCAUUUUAAGCUGAUGAUGAAUAUUCGUCUCCAACGCAGUGUGUGUUACAUUGGAGAGAAGUCGGCAAAUACAUUGCUACUCGUUGCGGACUUCUCCUGCUAAGUUGCUUCAAUACUUCCUGCUUGAAUGUGAAGCCGGUAGACCCAACGUCUCUUCCAAAACAUGGCAAAAUAUAAGGAAGAAUCGACAUUGGACCCAUCUUCUGUAUUCAACUUUACCUGGCCCGCAUCUGAAGAGCCAACCGAACCUGGCCUAUUCAACAACCGCUCAUUGCCUGUGCUAAUAUUUAUAGGCGUCAUUCUGUUCAUUAUCAUUCUAAUGACAAUUAUUGGGAAUAUCUUUGUCAUUUUGGCGCCUUCCGUGAAUCGACGUCUUCGGAAUGUAACUGGGCUCUUCAUCGUAUCUCUAGCCGUGGCGGAUUUGCUGCUUGGUAUAAUCGUCUUACCGUUCAGCGCGUUCCUUGAGAUCUGGCGGUACUGGCCGUUCGGACCUAUCCUAUGCAAUCUGUACGUAUCGUGUGACGUCAUGUUUUGCACAGCGUCCAUUUUGAAUUUGUUUGCGAUCAGUAUAGAUAGGUACGUGGCUAUAACGGAUCCCAUGGCGUACCACCAGAGACUAACACGGGGUAAGGCACUGCUUAUUAUCAACCUGAUGUGGGUUGUGUCUGUUUUUAUCUCGUUCCUUCCCCUGCACCUCGGCUGGAAUACCGGAGACGGCUCGGUGCAGAACUACAACACCACCCAGUGCUCCCUCGAGUCCAAUAAGUGGUACAGUCUCAUAGACGGGGUAACACUCUUCUUCCUUCCACUUGGGAUUAUGACCGGUUUGUAUCUUAGAAUCCUAACGAUAGCCAGGCGGCAAGCUAGAAUAAUAAACGCCCAGACAUCUUCAUUCCAUCCAUCCCGAAGAAAAGAGAACGGACUCGGGUCACGCGGGGAGUGUUCCUCACGCGGCCAUUCCUCACGAGCCGGUGAUAUAUCCUCACGGAAUCGAGCCGUCGUCGAUGAGCAUAAAGCAACCAAGAUGCUUGCCUCUAUUAUGGGCUGCUUCAUUAUCUGUUGGGUUCCAUACUUCACCAUUUUCACUUUCAUUAAGCUGUUUGACGACACGCAAAACCUGGUGCCAGAACAGCUUCAAAUGGUAGUGUUGUGGUUAGGCUAUGUUAACAGCAUGCUGAACCCGGUGCUGUAUGCGGCACUCAAUAGUGAAUUCAAAAAGGCGUUCCGUAAACUACUACGGAUGACGAAGAUACCCGCGUUUGGAGUGGAAAGUAAUAUGACGCAAUUGGAACUAUCGACAACAGCCACACCUAGGCAAGGUACCACAGACACAGCGAAGAAUGGUUCUGUCCCGUCCAUGUUUGUCGAGGUGCAUGCCCCUGAUAUAAUCGAACAGGGAUCCGAAGUUGAAAGGGACUACUAAAUUGUUAAGUAGGUUGAAAGUUGAUUAAGUAAUAAACUAAUUGUUGCAAUGUUCUGGAUGCCCAUUGACAUUAAAGCGGGAAACUACCUUAUGUAAAACUGUACUAUAAAUCUAGUAUAAUAUAUAAAUUAAUAAGAUGAGAUGUGACAGAAGCGCUAAGUACUUUGCAUAAAUUGUCAUUAAAAUAGGGCUAGAUAGCUCAGUUGGUAGAGCGCGGCACGUUAAUCUGGAGGUCGUUGGUUCGAA